GGGCUGUGAGCUUCGCCCCGGGAGGGGGAAAGGAGCGAGGAGUAAAGCCAGGGUGAAGGGUUCGAAUUUGGGGGCAGGGGGCGCACCCGCGUCAGCAGGCCCUUCCCAAGGGGCUCGGAACUGUACCUUUUCACCUACGCCCCUGGUUCGCCUUGCUUGAGGAAAGGAUAAGAAUAGAAGGACCGGGGAGAGGAAGAUAAAGGGGGACCCCCCAAUUGGGGGGGCGAGGACGAGAAGUAAGAGGACCAGAGGGCGGGGGCUGCUGCUCGCAUCGGCCCACACCAUGCUGACCCCGCCGUUGCUGCUGCUGCUGCCCCUGCUUUCCGCUGUGGUCGCCGGGGCCACUGUCGAUGCCCCCAAAACUUGCAGCCCUAAGCAGUUUGCCUGCAGAGACCAGAUCACCUGUAUCUCGAAGGGCUGGCGGUGUGAUGGGGAGAGGGACUGUCCAGACGGCUCUGACGAGGUCCCUGAAAUCUGUCCCCAAAGUAAAGCCCAGAGAUGUCAACCAAAUGAGCACAACUGUCUGGGGACAGAGCUGUGUGUUCCCAUGUCUCGUCUCUGCAAUGGGGUCCAAGACUGUAUGGACGGUUCAGAUGAGGGGGCUCACUGCCGAGAGCUCCGGGCCAACUGUUCCCGAAUGGGCUGCCAGCACCACUGUGUCCCCAUGCCCAGCGGGCCCACCUGCUUCUGCAACAGCAGCUUCCAGCUGCAGGCAGACGGCAAGACAUGCAAAGAUUUUGACGAAUGCUCAGUGUAUGGCACCUGCAGCCAGCUUUGCACCAACACGGACGGCUCCUUCACGUGUGGCUGUGUUGAAGGUUACCUGCUGCAGCCAGACAACCGCUCAUGCAAGGCCAAGAACGAGCCAGUAGAUCGGCCUCCAGUGCUGCUGAUCGCCAACUCCCAGAACAUCCUCGCUACAUACCUGAGUGGAGCCCAGGUGUCUACCGUCACACCCACCAGCACUCGACAGACCACAGCCAUGGACUUCAGUUACGCCAAUGAGACCGUAUGCUGGGUGCACGUCGGGGACAGUGCUUCCCAGACACAACUCAAAUGUGCCCGGAUGCCUGGCUUGAAGGGCUUUGUGGACGAGCAUACCAUCAACAUCUCCCUCAGCCUGCACCACGUGGAGCAGAUGGCCAUCGACUGGCUCACGGGAAACUUCUACUUUGUGGAUGACAUUGACGAUAGGAUCUUUGUCUGUAAUGGAAAUGGGGACACCUGUGUCACUCUGCUAGACCUGGAACUCUACAAUCCCAAAGGCAUCGCCCUGGACCCUGCCAUGGGGAAGGUGUUCUUCACCGACUACGGGCAGAUCCCAAAGGUGGAACGCUGUGACAUGGAUGGGCAGAACCGCACCAAGCUGGUCGAUAGCAAGAUCGUAUUCCCGCAUGGCAUCACCCUGGACCUUGUCAGCCGCCUGGUCUACUGGGCGGAUGCCUACCUAGACUACAUUGAGGUGGUAGACUAUGAGGGCAAGGGCCGGCAGACCAUCAUCCAAGGCAUCCUGAUUGAGCACCUGUAUGGCUUGACUGUGUUUGAGAACUACCUGUACGCCACCAACUCAGACAACGCCAACACCCAGCAGAAGACCAGUGUGAUCCGAGUGAACCGUUUCAACAGCACUGAGUACCAGGUUGUCACCCGAGUGGAUAAGGGUGGCGCCCUGCACAUCUACCACCAGAGACGGCAGCCCCGAGUGCGGAGUCACGCCUGUGAGAAUGACCAGUAUGGGAAGCCAGGAGGCUGCUCUGACAUCUGCCUGCUGGCCAACAGCCACAAGGCGAGGACCUGCAGGUGCCGGUCUGGCUUCAGCCUGGGAAGUGACGGGAAGUCCUGCAAGAAGCCUGAGCAUGAACUGUUCCUCGUGUAUGGCAAGGGCCGGCCAGGCAUCAUCAGAGGCAUGGAUAUGGGGGCCAAGGUCCCAGAUGAGCACAUGAUCCCCAUUGAGAACCUUAUGAAUCCGCGGGCUCUGGACUUCCACGCCGAAACUGGCUUCAUCUACUUUGCCGACACCACCAGCUACCUCAUUGGCCGCCAGAAAAUUGAUGGCACUGAGCGGGAGACCAUCCUGAAGGACGGCAUUCACAAUGUGGAGGGCGUAGCUGUGGACUGGAUGGGAAACAACCUUUACUGGACUGAUGACGGCCCCAAGAAGACCAUUAGUGUGGCCAGGCUGGAGAAAGCUGCCCAGACUAGAAAGACUCUAAUCGAGGGCAAGAUGGCACACCCCAGGGCCAUUGUAGUGGAUCCUCUCAACGGGUGGAUGUACUGGACAGACUGGGAGGAAGACCCCAAGGACAGCCGGCGAGGGCGGCUGGAGAGGGCUUGGAUGGACGGCUCACACCGAGAUAUCUUUGUCACCUCCAAGACAGUGCUUUGGCCCAAUGGGCUAAGCCUGGAUAUUCCGGCUGGGCGCCUCUACUGGGUUGAUGCCUUCUAUGACCGAAUCGAGACCAUACUACUCAAUGGCACAGACCGGAAGAUUGUAUACGAGGGUCCUGAACUGAAUCAUGCCUUUGGCCUGUGUCACCAUGGCAACUUCCUCUUUUGGACUGAGUAUCGGAGUGGCAGUGUCUACCGCUUGGAACGGGGUGCAGCAGGGGCACCCCCAACAGUGACCCUUCUGCGCAGCGAACGACCACCUAUCUUUGAGAUCCGAAUGUAUGACGCUCAGCAGCAGCAAGUGGGUACCAACAAAUGCCGGGUAAAUAAUGGAGGCUGCAGCAGCCUGUGCCUCGCCACCCCAGGGAGCCGCCAGUGUGCCUGUGCUGAGGACCAGGUGCUGGAUACAGACGGUGUCACUUGCUUGGCGAACCCAUCCUACGUGCCCCCACCCCAGUGCCAGCCGGGCGAGUUUGCCUGUGCCAACAGCCGCUGCAUCCAGGAGCGCUGGAAGUGCGACGGAGACAACGACUGUCUGGACAACAGUGACGAGGCCCCUGCGCUGUGCCAUCAACACACCUGUCCCUCGGACCGGUUCAAGUGCGAGAACAACCGCUGCAUCCCCAACCGCUGGCUCUGCGAUGGGGAUAACGACUGCGGGAACAGUGAGGACGAAUCCAACGCCACCUGUUCAGCUCGCACCUGCCCACCCAACCAGUUCUCCUGUGCCAGCGGCCGCUGCAUCCCUAUCUCUUGGACCUGCGAUCUGGAUGAUGACUGUGGGGACCGUUCCGAUGAGUCAGCCUCAUGUGCCUACCCCACCUGCUUCCCCCUGACUCAGUUUACCUGCAACAAUGGCAGAUGCAUCAACAUCAACUGGCGAUGUGACAAUGAGAAGGAUUGUGGGGACGGCUCUGACGAAAAGACCUGUCCUGAGCCUGCCGACAAUGACUGUGGGGACAACAGCGAUGAAGCCGGCUGCAGCCACUCCUGCUCCAGCACCCAGUUCAAGUGCAACAGCGGCCGCUGCAUCCCCGAACACUGGACCUGUGAUGGGGAUAACGACUGUGGGGACUACAGCGACGAGACGCACGCCAACUGCACCAACCAGGCCACAAGACCUCCUGGUGGCUGCCAUACGGAUGAGUUCCAGUGCCGCCUAGAUGGCCUGUGCAUCCCCCUGCGGUGGCGCUGUGACGGAGACACUGACUGCAUGGAUUCCAGUGAUGAGAAGAGCUGCGAGGGGGUGACCCAUGUUUGUGACCCAAAUGUCAAGUUUGGCUGCAGGGACUCAGCUCGGUGCAUCAGCAAAGCGUGGGUGUGUGACGGUGACAGUGACUGUGAGGACAACUCAGAUGAGGAGAACUGCGAGGCCCUGGCCUGCAGGCCACCCUCACAUCCCUGUGCCAACAACACCUCCGUCUGCCUGCCCCCGGAUAAGCUAUGUGACGGCAAAGAUGACUGCGGAGAUGGCUCGGAUGAGGGCGAGCUCUGCGACCAAUGUUCCCUGAAUAAUGGUGGCUGUAGUCACAACUGCUCAGUGGCUCCUGGCGAAGGCAUCGUGUGCUCUUGCCCCCUGGGCAUGGAGCUAGGCCCUGACAACCAUACCUGCCAGAUCCAGAGCUACUGUGCCAAGCACCUCAAAUGCAGCCAGAAGUGCGACCAGAACAAGUUCAGCGUUAAGUGCUCCUGCUAUGAGGGCUGGGUCUUGGAGCCUGAUGGCGAGAGCUGCCGCAGUCUGGAUCCCUUCAAACCUUUCAUCAUCUUCUCCAACCGCCAUGAGAUCCGCCGCAUUGACCUUCACAAAGGGGACUACAGCGUCUUGGUGCCCGGCCUGCGAAAUACCAUUGCCCUGGACUUCCACCUCAGCCAGAGCGCCCUCUACUGGACUGAUGUGGUAGAAGACAAGAUCUACCGUGGGAAGCUGCUGGACAACGGAGCCCUGACCAGCUUUGAAGUAGUGAUUCAGUAUGGCUUGGCCACGCCGGAGGGCCUGGCUGUCGACUGGAUUGCAGGCAACAUCUACUGGGUGGAGAGCAACCUGGACCAGAUUGAGGUGGCCAAGCUGGAUGGAACCCUCCGGACCACUCUGCUGGCGGGUGACAUUGAGCACCCAAGGGCGAUUGCACUGGACCCUCGAGAUGGGAUUCUGUUUUGGACAGACUGGGAUGCCAGCCUGCCUCGAAUUGAGGCAGCAUCCAUGAGCGGCGCUGGGCGCCGUACCAUCCACCGAGAGACAGGCUCUGGGGGCUGGCCCAACGGGCUCACCGUGGACUACCUGGAGAAGCGCAUCCUCUGGAUUGAUGCCAGGUCGGACGCUAUCUACUCAGCCCGGUAUGACGGCUCCGGUCACAUGGAGGUGCUUCGGGGACACGAAUUCCUGUCACACCCAUUUGCAGUGACACUGUAUGGCGGGGAGGUGUACUGGACCGACUGGCGAACAAACACGCUGGCUAAGGCCAACAAGUGGACUGGCCACAAUGUCACCGUGGUACAGAGGACCAACACCCAGCCCUUUGACCUGCAGGUGUACCACCCUUCCCGGCAGCCCAUGGCUCCAAAUCCAUGUGAGGCCAAUGGCGGCCGGGGGCCCUGUUCCCACCUGUGCCUCAUCAACUACAACCGGACUGUUUCCUGUGCUUGCCCCCACCUCAUGAAGCUGAAAGACAAUACCACCUGCUACGAGUUUAAGAAGUUCCUGCUGUACGCACGUCAGAUGGAGAUCCGGGGUGUGGACCUGGAUGCCCCCUACUACAAUUACAUCAUCUCCUUCACCGUUCCCGACAUCGACAACGUCACGGUGCUGGACUAUGACGCCCGCGAGCAGCGCGUUUACUGGUCUGACGUGCGGACGCAAGCCGUCAAGCGCGCCUUCAUCAAUGGCACAGGCGUGGAGACGGUCGUCUCUGCAGACUUACCAAACGCCCAUGGGCUGGCUGUGGACUGGGUGUCCCGCAAUCUGUUCUGGACAAGUUACGACACCAACAAGAAGCAGAUUAACGUGGCCCGGUUGGACGGCUCCUUCAAGAACGCAGUGGUGCAGGGCCUGGAGCAGCCUCACGGCCUGGUCGUCCACCCGCUUCGUGGCAAGCUCUACUGGACCGAUGGCGACAACAUCAGCAUGGCUAACAUGGACGGCAGCAACCGCACUCUGCUCUUCAGUGGCCAGAAGGGCCCCGUGGGGCUGGCUAUUGACUUCCCCGAAAGCAAACUCUACUGGAUCAGCUCUGGGAACCACACGAUCAACCGCUGCAAUCUCGAUGGGAGUGGGCUGGAGGUCAUUGACGCCAUGCGGAGCCAACUGGGCAAGGCCACUGCACUGGCCAUCAUGGGGGACAAGCUGUGGUGGGCAGAUCAGUUGUCGGAGAAGAUGGGCACAUGCAACAAGGCUGACGGCUCUGGGUCUGUGGUGCUGCGGAACAGCACCACGUUAGUUAUGCACAUGAAGGUGUAUGACGAGGCCGUCCAGCUAGAGCGUGAGGGCACCAACCCCUGCAGCAUCAACAAUGGGGACUGUUCCCAGCUCUGCUUGCCGACCUCAGAGACAACUCGCUCCUGUAUGUGUACAGCUGGCUACAGCCUCCGGAGUGGACAGCAGGCCUGUGAAGGCGUGGGCUCUUUCCUCCUGUACUCCGUGCACGAGGGAAUCCGCGGGAUCCCCCUGGAUCCCAAUGACAAGUCAGAUGCCCUGGUCCCAGUGUCGGGAACAUCACUGGCUGUUGGAAUCGACUUCCAUGCUGAAAAUGACACUAUUUAUUGGGUGGACAUGGGCCUGAGUACCAUCAGCCGGGCCAAGCGGGACCAGACGUGGCGAGAGGACGUAGUGACCAAUGGCAUUGGCCGUGUGGAAGGCAUUGCAGUGGACUGGAUUGCAGGCAACAUCUACUGGACAGACCAGGGUUUCGAUGUCAUCGAGGUUGCCCGGCUCAAUGGCUCUUUCCGUUACGUGGUCAUUUCCCAGGGUCUAGACAAGCCUCGGGCCAUCACUGUGCACCCGGAGAAGGGGUACUUGUUCUGGACCGAAUGGGGCCAUUACCCACGUAUUGAGCGGUCUCGCCUAGACGGUACGGAGAGAGUGGUACUAGUCAAUGUCAGUAUCAGCUGGCCCAACGGCAUCUCAGUAGACUAUCAGGGCGGGAAGCUCUACUGGUGUGAUGCCCGGAUGGACAAGAUCGAACGCAUUGACCUGGAGACCGGUGAGAACCGUGAGGUCGUCCUGUCCAGCAACAACAUGGACAUGUUCUCCGUGUCAGUGUUUGAGGACUUCAUCUACUGGAGUGACAGGACUCAUGCUAAUGGCUCCAUCAAGCGCGGGUGCAAAGACAAUGCCACAGAUUCCGUGCCUCUGAGGACUGGCAUCGGAGUGCAGCUUAAGGACAUCAAGGUCUUCAACAGGGACAGGCAGAAGGGUACCAACGUGUGUGCAGUUGCCAAUGGCGGGUGCCAGCAGCUAUGCCUGUACCGGGGUGGCGGACAGCGGGCCUGUGCCUGCGCCCACGGGAUGCUGGCAGAAGAUGGGGCCUCGUGCCGAGAGUACGCCGGCUACCUGCUCUACUCAGAGCGCACCAUCCUCAAGAGUAUCCACCUGUCGGACGAGCGCAAUCUCAAUGCGCCCGUGCAGCCCUUCGAAGACCCUGAGCACAUGAAGAACGUCAUUGCCCUGGCUUUUGACUACCGAGCGGGCACCUCCCCCGGCACCCCUAACCGCAUCUUCUUCAGUGACAUCCACUUUGGGAACAUCCAGCAGAUCAACGAUGAUGGCUCAGGGAGGACCACCAUCGUGGAAAAUGUUGGCUCUGUGGAAGGCCUGGCCUAUCACCGGGGCUGGGACACGCUGUACUGGACAAGCUACACGACAUCCACCAUCACCCGCCACACAGUGGACCAGACUCGCCCAGGGGCCUUCGAGAGGGAGACAGUCAUCACCAUGUCGGGAGACGACCACCCAAGGGCGUUUGUUCUGGAUGAGUGCCAGAACCUGAUGUUCUGGACCAACUGGAACGAGCUCCAUCCGAGCAUCAUGCGGGCAGCCCUGUCCGGAGCCAACGUCCUGACGCUCAUUGAGAAGGACAUCCGCACGCCCAAUGGCUUGGCCAUCGACCACCGUGCUGAGAAGCUGUACUUCUCAGAUGCCACCUUGGACAAGAUUGAGCGGUGCGAGUACGACGGCUCCCACCGCUACGUGAUCCUAAAGUCAGAGCCCGUCCACCCCUUUGGGCUGGCUGUGUACGGAGAGCACAUUUUCUGGACCGACUGGGUACGGCGGGCAGUGCAGCGGGCCAACAAGUAUGUGGGCAGUGACAUGAAGCUGCUGAGAGUGGACAUCCCCCAGCAACCCAUGGGCAUCAUCGCGGUGGCCAACGACACCAACAGCUGUGAACUUUCCCCCUGCCGUAUCAACAACGGAGGCUGCCAGGAUCUGUGUCUGCUCACCCACCAAGGCCACGUCAACUGCUCCUGCCGAGGGGGCCGGAUCCUCCAGGAGGACUUCACCUGCCGGGCUGUGAACUCCUCUUGCCGGGCACAAGAUGAGUUCGAGUGUGCCAACGGUGAGUGUGUCAGCUUCAGCCUCACCUGUGAUGGCGUCUCCCACUGCAAGGACAAGUCUGAUGAGAAGCCCUCCUACUGCAACUCCCGCCGCUGCAAGAAGACUUUCCGCCAGUGUAACAACGGCCGCUGUGUCUCCAACAUGCUGUGGUGCAAUGGCGCAGACGACUGUGGAGACGGCUCUGACGAGAUCCCCUGUAACAAGACAGCCUGUGGCGUGGGCGAGUUCCGCUGCCGUGACGGGUCCUGCAUUGGGAACUCCAGUCGCUGCAACCAGUUCGUGGAUUGUGAGGAUGCCUCCGAUGAGAUGAACUGCAGUGCCACUGACUGCAGCAGCUAUUUCCGCCUGGGCGUGAAAGGCGUGCUCUUCCAGCCUUGUGAGCGGACAUCCCUCUGCUACGCCCCCAACUGGGUGUGCGAUGGUGCCAAUGACUGUGGCGACUACAGUGACGAGCGUGACUGCCCAGGAGUGAAACGCCCCAGGUGCCCCCUCAAUUACUUUGCCUGCCCCAGUGGGCGAUGCAUCCCCGUGAGCUGGACGUGUGACAAAGAAGAUGACUGUGAGCAUGGCGAAGAUGAGACCCACUGCAACAAGUUCUGCUCAGAGGCUCAGUUUGAGUGUCAGAACCACCGUUGCAUCUCCAAACAGUGGCUAUGUGAUGGCAGUGAUGACUGCGGGGACGGCUCGGACGAAGCGGCUCACUGUGAAGGCAAGACUUGUGGCCCCUCCUCCUUCUCCUGUCCUGGCACCCAUGUGUGCGUCCCUGAGCGCUGGCUCUGUGACGGUGACAAGGACUGCGCUGAUGGUGCCGAUGAGAGCAUCUCAGCCGGCUGCUUGUACAACAGCACCUGUGACGACCGUGAGUUCAUGUGCCAGAACCGCCUGUGCAUUCCCAAGCAUUUCGUGUGUGACCAUGACCGGGACUGUGCAGACGGCUCUGAUGAGUCCCCCGAGUGCGAGUACCCAACCUGCGGCCCCAAUGAGUUCCGCUGUGCCAACGGGCGUUGCCUGAGCUCCCGCCAGUGGGAGUGCGAUGGCGAGAAUGAUUGCCACGACCAGAGUGACGAGGCCCCCAAGAACCCGCACUGCACCAGCCCGGAGCACAAAUGCAACGCCUCAUCGCAGUUCCUGUGCAGCAGCGGGCGCUGCGUGGCUGAGGCGCUGCUCUGCAAUGGCCAGGAUGACUGUGGGGACGGCUCUGACGAACGCGGGUGCCACGUCAACGAGUGUCUUAACCGCAAGCUCAGUGGCUGCAGCCAGGACUGUGAGGACCUUAAGAUAGGCUUUAAGUGCCGCUGUCGCCCUGGCUUCCGGCUUAAAGACGACGGCAAGACGUGUGCUGACGUGGACGAGUGCAGCACCACCUUCCCCUGCGGCCAGCUCUGCAUGAACACCCAUGGCAGUUACAAGUGUCUGUGUGUGGAGGGCUACGCACCCCGUGGUGGCGACCCCCACAGCUGCAAAGCUGUGACUGACGAGGAGCCGUUCCUCAUCUUUGCUAACCGGUACUACCUGCGCAAGCUCAACCUGGAUGGCUCCAACUACACACUGCUUAAGCAGGGCCUGAACAAUGCUGUUGCUUUGGACUUUGACUACCGAGAGCAGAUGAUCUACUGGACGGACGUGACCACCCAGGGCAGCAUGAUCCGAAGGAUGCACCUUAAUGGUAGCAACGUGCAGGUGCUGCACCGGACUGGCCUCAGUAACCCAGAUGGGCUGGCUGUGGACUGGGUGGGUGGCAACCUGUACUGGUGUGACAAAGGCAGAGACACCAUUGAGGUGUCCAAGCUCAACGGGGCCUACCGGACAGUGCUGGUCAGCUCUGGCCUCCGUGAGCCCAGGGCCCUAGUGGUGGACGUGCAGAAUGGGUACCUCUACUGGACGGACUGGGGUGACCACUCGCUGAUCGGUCGGAUCGGCAUGGACGGGUCUGGCCGCAGCGUCAUUGUGGACACUAAGAUCACAUGGCCCAACGGUCUGACGCUGGACUACGUCACGGAACGAAUCUAUUGGGCUGACGCCCGUGAGGACUACAUUGAGUUUGCCAGCCUGGACGGCUCCAAUCGCCACGUUGUGCUGAGCCAAGACAUCCCACACAUCUUUGCACUGACCCUGUUUGAAGACUACGUCUACUGGACAGACUGGGAAACCAAGUCCAUCAACCGAGCCCACAAGACCACAGGUGCCAACAAAACCCUGCUCAUCAGCACCCUGCACCGGCCCAUGGACCUCCACGUCUUCCACGCCCUGCGCCAGCCGGACGUGCCCAAUCACCCCUGCAAAGUCAACAACGGUGGCUGCAGCAACCUGUGCCUGCUGUCCCCUGGCGGUGGUCACAAAUGUGCCUGCCCCACCAACUUCUAUCUGGGUGGUGAUGGCCGUACUUGUGUGUCCAACUGCACAGCUAGCCAGUUUGUGUGCAAGAACGACAAAUGCAUCCCCUUCUGGUGGAAGUGUGACACUGAGGAUGACUGCGGAGACCACUCGGACGAGCCCCCGGACUGUCCCGAGUUCAAGUGCCGCCCAGGCCAGUUCCAGUGCUCAACCGGGAUCUGCACCAACCCUGCCUUCAUCUGUGAUGGCGACAAUGACUGCCAAGACAACAGUGAUGAGGCCAACUGUGACAUUCACGUCUGCCUGCCCAGCCAGUUCAAGUGCACCAACACCAACCGCUGCAUUCCCGGCAUCUUCCGUUGCAAUGGGCAGGACAACUGCGGGGACGGCGAAGAUGAACGGGACUGCCCUGAGGUAACCUGCGCCCCCAACCAGUUCCAAUGCUCUAUCACCAAGCGCUGCAUCCCCCGUGUCUGGGUCUGUGACAGGGACAAUGACUGUGUGGACGGCAGCGAUGAGCCCGCCAACUGCACCCAGAUGACCUGUGGAGUAGACGAGUUCCGCUGCAAGGACUCAGGCCGCUGCAUCCCGGCGCGCUGGAAGUGUGACGGCGAGGACGACUGUGGCGACGGCUCGGAUGAACCCAAGGAAGAGUGUGAUGAGCGGACCUGCGAGCCGUACCAGUUCCGCUGCAAGAACAACCGCUGUGUGCCCGGCCGCUGGCAGUGUGACUACGACAACGACUGUGGGGACAACUCUGACGAGGAGAGCUGCACCCCUCGGCCGUGCUCCGAGAGUGAGUUCUCCUGUGCCAACGGCCGCUGCAUCGCCGGGCGCUGGAAGUGCGACGGGGAUCAUGACUGUGCCGACGGCUCAGACGAGAAAGACUGCACCCCUCGCUGUGACAUGGACCAGUUCCAGUGCAAGAGUGGCCACUGCAUCCCCCUGCGCUGGCGCUGUGAUGCGGACGCCGACUGCAUGGAUGGCAGUGAUGAGGAAGCCUGUGGCACUGGGGUGCGGACCUGCCCCUUGGAUGAAUUCCAGUGCAAUAACACCCUCUGCAAGCCGCUGGCCUGGAAGUGCGACGGCGAGGACGACUGUGGGGAUAACUCUGACGAGAACCCUGAGGAAUGCGUCCGGUUCGUGUGUCCUCCCAACCGGCCCUUCCGUUGCAAGAACGACCGCGUCUGCCUGUGGAUCGGGCGCCAGUGUGACGGCACCGACCACUGCGGCGAUGGGACCGACGAGGAGGACUGUGAGCCCCCAACGACCCAGAACCCCCACUGCAAGGACAAGAAGGAGUUCCUUUGCCGCAACCAGCGCUGUCUGUCAUCCUCGCUGCGCUGUAACAUGUUUGAUGACUGUGGAGAUGGCUCCGAUGAGGAGGACUGCAGCAUCGACCCCAAGCUGACCAGCUGCGCCACCAACGCCAGCAUCUGUGGGGAUGAAGCCCGUUGCAUGCGCACCGAGAAAGCCGCCUACUGUGCCUGCCGCCCAGGCUUCCACACUGUGCCGGGCCAGUCCGGAUGCCAGGACAUCAACGAGUGUCUGCGCUUCGGCACCUGCUCACAGCUCUGCAACAACACCAAGGGCGGCCACCUCUGCAGCUGCGCCCGCAACUUCAUGAAGACACACAAUACCUGCAAGGCGGAAGGUUCCGAGUACCAGGUCCUCUACAUCGCUGAUGACAAUGAGAUCCGCAGCUUGUUUCCCGGGCACCCGCACUCAGCCUACGAGCAGACCUUCCAGGGCGAUGAGAGCGUCCGGAUAGACGCCAUGGAUGUGCACGUCAAGGCCGGCCGUGUCUACUGGACUAACUGGCACACAGGCACAAUCUCCUAUCGGAGCCUGCCGCCUGCUGCACCUCCUACCACCUCCAACCGUCACCGGAGACAGAUCGACCGGGGUGUCACUCACCUCAAUAUUUCAGGGCUGAAGAUGCCCAGAGGGAUUGCCAUCGACUGGGUGGCCGGAAACGUGUACUGGACCGACUCUGGCCGGGACGUGAUCGAGGUGUCGCAAAUGAAGGGCGAGAACCGCAAGACACUCAUCUCGGGCAUGAUUGACGAGCCCCACGCCAUCGUUGUGGACCCGCUGAGGGGUACCAUGUACUGGUCAGACUGGGGCAACCAUCCCAAGAUUGAAACAGCAGCGAUGGAUGGGACCCUGCGAGAGACUCUCGUGCAGGACAACAUCCAGUGGCCCACAGGCCUGGCUGUGGAUUAUCACAAUGAGCGGCUAUACUGGGCGGAUGCCAAGCUUUCAGUCAUCGGCAGCAUCCGGCUCAAUGGCACCGACCCCAUCGUGGCUGCUGAUGGCAAACGAGGCCUCACUCACCCCUUCAGCAUCGACGUGUUUGAGGAUUACAUCUACGGUGUCACUUACAUCAAUAAUCGUGUCUUCAAGAUCCACAAGUUCGGACACAGCCCCCUGAUCAACCUGACUGGGAGCCUGAGCCACGCCUCGGACGUGGUCCUUUACCAUCAGCACAAGCAGCCUGAGGUGACCAACCCCUGUGACCGCAAGAAGUGUGAGUGGCUGUGUCUCCUGAGCCCCAGCGGGCCUGUCUGUACCUGUCCCAAUGGAAAGAGACUGGAUAACGGCACCUGUGUGCCCGUGCCCUCCCCAACGCCCCCUCCGGAUGCCCCUAGGCCUGGAGCCUGCGCCGUGCAGUGCUUCAAUGGCGGCAGCUGUUUCCUCAACGCCCGAAGGCAGCCCAAGUGCCGCUGCCAGCCGCGCUACACGGGCGACAAGUGUGAGCUGGACCAGUGCUGGGGGUACUGUCGCAACGGGGGCACCUGUGCUGCUUCCCCCUCCGGCAUGCCCACGUGCCGGUGCCCCACAGGCUUCACGGGCCCCAAAUGCACCCAGCAGGUGUGUGCGAGCUACUGCGCCAACAAUAGCACCUGCACCGUCAACCAGGGCAACCAGCCCCAGUGCCGAUGUCUGCCUGGCUUCCUGGGUGAUCGGUGCCAGUACCGGCAGUGCUCAGACUACUGUGAGAACUUUGGCACCUGCCAGAUGGCUGCCGACGGCUCCCGACAAUGUCGCUGCACUGUCUACUUCGAGGGACCGAGGUGCGAGGUGACCAAGUGUAGCCGCUGUCUCCAAGGAGCCUGUGUGGUCAACAAGCAGACUGGAGAUGUCACUUGCAACUGCACUGACGGCCGGAUAGCCCCCAGUUGUCUGACCUGUGUUGAUCACUGCAGCAAUGGUGGCUCCUGCACCAUGAACAGCAAGAUGAUGCCCGAGUGCCAGUGCCCACCCCAUAUGACAGGACCGCGUUGCGAGGACCACGUCGUCAGCCAGCAGCAGCCUGGUCAUAUGGCCUCCAUCCUGAUCCCUCUUCUGUUGCUCCUGCUGCUGCUUCUGGUGGCAGGAGUGGUAUUCUGGUAUAAGCGGCGAGUCCGAGGGGCCAAGGGCUUCCAGCACCAGCGGAUGACCAAUGGGGCCAUGAAUGUGGAAAUCGGGAACCCCACCUACAAGAUGUACGAAGGUGGAGAGCCUGAUGAUGUCGGGGGCCUCCUGGAUGCCGAUUUCGCCCUUGACCCUGACAAGCCUACCAACUUCACCAACCCCGUGUACGCCACGCUCUACAUGGGGGGCCAUGGCAGCCGCCACUCCCUGGCCAGCACGGACGAGAAGCGAGAACUCCUGGGCCGGGGACCUGAGGACGAGACAGGGGACCCCUUGGCAUAGGGCCCUGCCCAACGGACGUCCCCAGAAAGCCCCUGCCAGACAUGAGUCCUCCAGUGAUCCCCCCCCCCCCCCCCCGCCAGCCCUUCUCCGGCUCUGCCGGAUGUACAAAUGUAAAAAUGAAGGAAUUACUUUUUAUAUGUGAA